UUUUACUCAUGCUGCCAGGGGGGAGGCACAACACUGCUACCAAAGCCAAACAUCAGUUUGUAAUCUACUGCAUUGGCUUGGAAGCCUGAGUCAGGGAUGAGAAGGAGAGAAAUGAGCAGAGGGAAAGGAUUAGACUUCAGAUUUGCAGAGUUCACUAAGCUGGAGAUGAAAUAGAUACCAUGGGAUAACUAUGAGCAUGUUUAGGGGUGAGGUAGAAAGAAUAUCCAUGGAGUCCUGUGGCUAAACUGCUGAGUCAUGUUGUGACGUUUGUCUAAAUGUUGUGUGAAAUGUUGUGUGAAACCUGUAUCCUUCAGCAUCCUGCUCUGUUCUGGCGGUGGAGAGGAAGAGUUUUACCGUUAGCAUCAGCAGCCAGCAGUAUUCAAAGGGAAUAAUUCGUCUGAUGCAGGAAGAAAAAGCAGCAUAAUGAGCCGAUUAAGGUAUGGUCCUGUGCUGAUGGCGCACUCUGAGCUGUUUGUGACAAGAGCGCCCCCUGUGGAGGGGAGAGCUGUGGAGCUGGAUGUUUUGAGCUACCUGGACUCUUUUGGGGAAGAAAACAACACUGCUGAAAGAUGCUACCGCUCGCACUCCCGCAGUAGCGUCCUCCAGGGUUUGCCGUUUGGAGGGGUGCCCACGGUCCUCGCCAUCAAUGUUGUGCUCUGGAUGUUCUUGUUGCUCAUCUUCUCCUGUCUGAGGAAGGCUGCAUGGGACUAUGGCCGCCUGGCUUUGCUGAUGGAGAAUGACAGUCUCACAUCCUUGUUUUAUGGAGAACCAAGUGAGAAAGAAAAGUCUCCGUCAGAGUCUAGUCCCUCUGACUCUGAGACCAAGGACAUGGGCUUCUGCUCCUGGCUCUCAUCACUUUACCACAUGAAGGAUGAGGAGAUACGUAGCAAAUGCGGCAUUGACGCCGUCACAUACCUGUCCUUCCAGCGCCACAUCAUCCUGCUCAUGACAGUGGUUUGCCUGCUGUCUUUGGCCGUAAUCCUGCCGGUCAACUUUUCCGGGAACCUCCUGGGAGACAGUCCUGAAAACUUUGGAAGAACAACACUGGCUAAUGUUAGCGCAAAGGACAGCUUUCUGUGGCUCCACAGCAUCUUGGCUCUAGUCUACUUCAUCAUCACGUUGCUGUGUAUGGCUCACCACUUGAUACGGCUGGAGUACAGAGAAGAUGAGAAGGUAGCCAGGACACUGAUGAUUACCUCCAUACCAAGAGAGAUCUCUGACCCAGGACUCAUCACCAAACACUUCCAUGAGGCCUACCCCAGCUGUACUGUCACUGAUAUCCGUUUCUGCUUUGAUGUCCACAAUCUGAUGAGGUUGGAUUUAGAGAGACGCAAGGCAAUGAAAGGCAGGCUGUACUUUGCCACAAAGGCUCAAAAGGAGGGGAAAAUCAUGAUCAAGACCCAUCCGUGUGCUCAGAUAUUCUGCUGCAAUAUCUGUGGCUUUGAAAAGGUGGAUGCAGAACAGUACUACAGCGAGUUAGAAGAAAAGCGGACAGACGAGUUUAAUGCCGAGAAGAACCGCAUCUCCAUGAAAAGACUCGGCAUUGCCUUUGUGACUUUUCGUGAUGAGAGGAUGACUGCUGUCAUUGUGAAGGACUACAGUUGUGUGCGAUGCCGUCGCAGCCCUCAGCAGUCCAGCAUCACCACUGUGGUGCAGUCGCAUAAAUGGGGGGUCAGCUACGCACCUGCUCCCAGUGACAUCAUCUGGGAAAACCUGUCAGUGUGCGGAUCUCGCUGGUGGCUGCAAUGCGUCCUCCUCAACAUCCUUCUCUUCCUGUUGCUCUUCUUCCUCACCACUCCUGCCAUCAUCGUCAACACGAUGGACAAGUUCAACGUCACAAGGCCUGUGGACAGUCUGCGGAGCCCUGUCAUUACCCAGUUCUUCCCAACCCUCCUGCUGUGGGCGUUUUCGGUGCUACUGCCCUUUAUCGUCUAUUACUCAGCAUUCUUUGAGUCCCACUGGACCAGAACUGGUGAGAACCAAGUAACGAUGCACAAGUGUUUUUUCCUGCUGGUCUUUAUGGUCAUCAUCCUUCCCUCACUUGGUCUGUCCAGUCUGGACCUGUUCUUCACAUGGCUUUUCGAUGUCAACUUCCUGGAUGAGAAGGAGGUCAAAUUCCAGUGUGUGUUUCUUCCCGACAACGGGGCAUUCUUUGUAAACUAUGUGAUUACAUCCAGUCUGAUUGGCACAUCUAUGGAACUGCUUCGUAUCCCAGCACUGACGGUGUAUGCCGUCCGCCUCUGCUUUGCCAAGUCCCAGGCUGAGCGCAUUCACGUCAAACGGAGUCAGGCCUAUGAGUUCCAGUUUGGCCUGGAGUAUGCCUGGACCAUGUGUAUCUUUGCAGUCAGUAUAACCUACAGUAUCACAUGUCCCAUCAUUACUCCCUUUGGCCUGCUCUAUGUGAUCUUGAAGCACAUGGUUGACCGAUACAACAUCUACUAUGCAUACGUUCCCACCAAGCUCAGCCAGCGGAUCCACAGAGCAGCCAUCAGCCAGGUCAUCCUGGCUCCCAUCCUCUGCAUGUUCUGGCUGCUCUUCUUCUCUAUGCUCAGAUUAGGUCCGGUACAUCCCAUCACCCUCUUCACCUUAGUGUCCCUGAUCUCCUGUAUUGCCUUUUCCCUCUUCCGCUUGUGCCUUAGGAAGCAACCAGACAAGUCAACGAGCUACCAGAUGUCUGAUCAGCCAGCAGAGGGGACGUUCACUGAUGGAGACAGGAGUACUGUGACAUCCACCACUGCCUCCAGUCUGUUUGUGGCGACCGUGCUGCUGGAGCCAGAGCUGGCUUUGACUCCCAUGCCCUCCCCUGCCCACCACAGCUACGGAGCCAUGGCUAGCUCCCAGAGUACAAGCCACGGCCCAGAGGAGGAAGAGGAGUGUGAGGAAGGCCACGCCAAGACCCAUGAGACUGAGCUCCAAGACCCACCAGACCCCUACUGCUCCAGCCCGCUCAUGGACAGCCAUGUGGGCUUCCAGUAACACCAGUUCCCCCAAGCUGAGUCUUUGUGUCCUUCACCUGGGGAACACAGAUUGCUAAAUGCCACAAUGCCCUAUUUUUGUGUCGGAUCUCAGACUCCAACUUAGCUGCUUCAGACCCUGAGACCAGACUUGGCUUGUUAGAAAGAACAAACCUUAGAGGAAAGAAUACAGGAGCAGGAUCCAUGCCAACAUCACUAUAAAUAUAUAGACAGCAGUUUGACAAAACAUCUCCUGAACCUGUCUUGUGGA